GGCUGCUGUCUAGUUUCUGGUCGAAUAGCUACAGCUGUCAGUUGCGGUUACGGAUCGCUAAUAAUUGGUGGAUGCAUGCCAUGAGCAAAUUAAGGCCACCAAAUGUCCCACAUAUUGAUAGGUCUUUUUGGUAUAUGAAAACUCGAUCCCGAUUUUGUAAAGCCAAAUCUGAGAAAACACAAACUUAUGAGUAUUGGGACUGCAGGUUUGAAUUUUUUUGUGUGACCCAAGAAUCAAGACUUCUUGGCAUUUAUGAAUUGUCACCCAAAACGCUUUUUAUUUUCUUCUUACACAUUCUUCGUUCAUUACACCAAUUAACCAACCAUGAGCACAUUUCCAGACUACUAUGCCAUCCUUAGAGUUGAGGAAACAGCCACCACAGAUCAGAUUCGAGAAGCCUACAAGCGAGAAGCAUUAAGAACACACCCCGAUAGGUCUACCAACAUUGGUGGGCCUGAUGGAGAACCUCCCUUGUCCAAGCAAGAAGCCACGGUUCGCUUCCAGCAAGUCGCAGAUGCAUAUUACGUUUUGUCGAGCAAAGAGAGACGACGAGAGUACGACAUUGCAAGGAGAGCUCAGAGUAGGGGUUCCAGAAGUACAUGGUCAGCCGAAGCAAACCAUACGGAACCAGAACAAGUCUUCGGAGGCGUCUUUGAGGAAAUGCUUCGACCAGAAGUCGAGAAUCCUAGCACUUUUUAUUCGUCAGUCGGCAUGGCCUCUGGCGCAGCUCUUGGAUUCAUCUGUGGCGGACCACCGGGAGCUCUUUUAGGAGCCUAUGCUGGCAAGACAUUCGGCCGUAUCAGAGAUCAAAAAGGAGUCAGUGUCAUGGAAGUUUUCAUGCGUUUAGAGCAUGCACACAAAGCUGCCAUUAUUGCAAGUCUUGCGGCCAAAAUCUUUCAUAGUUUGAAAUAGUAAUAAAAUGGGUUGAAG